ACAACGUGGUUUCGGUGUGAAAUAAACACCAAUUUCUGCUAACUGAUUUCUCAGGAGCAAUAUGCCUAAAAAAGGUAAAGGGAGGGUACAGGUGGCAGCACUGGUGUAUGGGUCUGAUGAUGAGCGCCGAUAUGAAAAUGAACCAGAGCCAGACCAGGAAGAAGAUGACUACUUCUAUGAUGAUGUUGAUAAUUUCCACUUGCAAAGAGAAAAGAUGUUACUGGACCAAGGAGUGCAGAAUGAUGAUGAUGACAUGUACUCAGAGAGUGAGGAUGAAGUUCUGGGUGUUGGUGGAGACAGUGACGAUGACCUUCUCAGUGACGAUGACCUCAAAGUUUACAAGAAACAGUUGCGAAGGAUGAAGCUGAACAGGAAGAAGAGUGAUAUGGGAAGUGACCUGGAAGAUCAGGAUGAAGAAGGGGAGCCAGAUCACACAACUUACGGCAAAAAGGUGUCUGAUUACUACAAUGCUGAUUUUAGUGAUGAUGAUGUUGACCUUUCUGGAUCUGAAGAUGAAGAAGGCGCUGCAGCUUUGGAGGAGAAAGAGGCAUUAGCACUACAAAAACGUAUCAAUGCUGAACUGGAUGAUCAGGACUUUGGACUGGACAUGUUCAAGGAAAAGAAAGUUGUGGAAGCUGAAGAGGAAAAGAUUACAAAGGAUUUAUCUAAACUGUCAAAGAAAGAGAAGUUACAGCUUUUGAAGAAGGAAUCACCAGAACUGCUGACUUUGAUAGAUGAUUACAAGUCCAAGAUGACAGAGGUUAGGGAUGUGUUGAUGCCUCUAUUGAGACUGGUACGAGAAGGAAAGAUUCAGGGAAAGGCUGGAGAUUAUGUGGAAACUAAAACCAAACUACACAUGAAUUAUUGUACCAACAUCAGCUUUUAUAUGAUGCUGAAAUCAAAACAGAUUGCAGUUCACAACCAUCCAGUGAUUAAACGCCUUGUACAGUACCGUAAUCUGAUGAAAGAGCUUGAGCCACUUGAUGUCCAGUUAAAGGAUGAAAUGACCGAUAUUUUGGAUCGAUUAAAGAAAGGAGAGGAAGUGGAAUUUUCAUCAGUGGAGGAGAAAAAACAGGGAUUUAUCAGGCGGAAAUCGGUGAAAUUCUCUAGACAGAGAGUGGAAAGUAAAAAACUGAGCCAGUUAGUGUCUGAAUCAGAUGACAAUGAUGAGGAUGAUACAAAGGAAAAAACAAAGAAUUCUGGAAGUGGAAGGUAUGAGACUGAGGAUGAGAAGGCAGCCCUGGUAUACUACCGUAUGAUGAAGGGGACACAGGACGGAGAUAACGAGGAAAUGGACAGUGGUGCGGAGGACGGGGAGGAGGCACCAGAUGUAGACGUAAUGGAGGAAGGAGAAGAGGAUGAGGAAGGCAAGAGAGCCAUCACUUAUCAGAUUGCCAAGAAUAAGGGCUUGACUCCCAAGAGGAAGAAAGAACAAAGGAAUCCUCGUGUGAAAAACAAGCUCAAGUUCAGGAAGGCCAAGAUCAGGAGGAAGGGACAGGUCCGCGAGGUUAAGACGGAGAUGUCCCGUUAUGCAGGAGAAAUAUCAGGGAUCAGGGCUGGUGUAAAGAGAGGCAUCAAGAUGAAAGUUUAAAUAUCGACAGUUGGAUAUUAAAGUUUAUCUGAAUAUAUU